GGCACCCAAUUUAUUUUUCAUUCCAUUAAUCUUGUUUCUCUCCGUUCGCACAGGAAUGCUUACCUCAUUUCCCCAUUUGCAGCUCUCUAGCCUUUCACCUAGGUAUUUUCUCCGAUGGACAUAUACUUCUCGACAACAGCUCCCCAUUCCACCAUGUGCGGUAUCAUGCCUGAGCAAGACAACAUGUCUAUUCUAAAUCCGCAACUAAAGAAGCGAAAGAGGGAUCCAACCGUGUCAGACGCUGUUCAUAUACCCAAUACCACCAAGUUUGUUCCGACAACAUCUCAUGCAUCAAGCGCCCCGUUUUGUUUAGGCUGUCCCAACCUGUCCGGUGACAACGUAGAGCUCUCUGCUCGCCAGCGAUGCAUUCCCCGAAAACGACGAGCUCUUCAACAGCCGUAUAUCCAUCCACAAAGUACAGAGCCCUGGUCGAAUAAUCUCACGCAGCCGCCAGAGUCGAGCAUAGCGCAGGUGAAUAUGUUAUCACCAAAUAUCUGUACCUCCGGAUCCUCUAAUGUCUCGUCCCCUCCUAUUUCUCCUAGAACCCUUGUUCCGAGUCCUCACUCGCAGCAUAAUACUUGUGCACCUGCUUCAUGUUUACGACCGUGUCACAUCUGUCACAGAAGGCCAACCACCAAAGAAGUACUUGAUGCAUAUGCCGACUGUGAUUUGUGCGGUGAGCGUAGCUGCUAUAUUUGUCUCCGCCAAUGCGAUGCGGUUCAUUGCAGUGGCUCCACAUAUCUGCUCGGGGAGAGCCAGCUGUUCAAAAAUGUUUCGAACCGGUUACAAGACGACACAGGCAAGAAUAAAUCACAUAUCAGACAGCCGAGGAAGAUAUGCUCAUGCUGUGCGGUGGAAGGAGUGACAGAAACAGGAAUAGAAGUGGUCCGAUGCUUGGACUGUGUACGUGAUCAUUUAUCACACUGACAGAUCCACCCUAUAGGCCAGCAGAGACAAGCAGCACUGUCAUCAUGUUACAUUUGGAGAACAAUGCUCGUGAGCUCGGGGUUCGCUCCAUCAGGAUCUCAAAGCUGAUCUGUAACUUUCAACUCAUAGGCAGAUGAUCUAAUCCGCUUGACAACUAGACGAAUUGACAUGACAGAAUGCCUCAGUAUCCUGACCAUACUAAGCAAUUGAUUAAGGCAUCCCUUUGUUAUUCGCAGCACCGAUGUUUCGACAUACUCCACUUGGACCAACCAGUUCGGAAUGGUAUAUAUCCAAGCUACCCUACAGCGGCUAAUGCCAGAGUUAAUGGAGAUAAUUGUGGACUUGCUGUAUAUAAAUGUACAAUGCCCACGGUCCUGG